CUAUCGGGCCCACUUGAGUGGCGUCGAACUUCACUCUUGAGUCGCCUUUCGAUUCGGACAAGAGACAGAGAACUGAAUCGUCGCUUGCUUUCUUCCGUGGUAUUUAGUCACAAGGUUGGCCUACCUUCAACUGGUUUUGGAAACACCAAUUCCUGAACCUUUUCUUCUUCUUCAGCGCCCAGCGCCUUGAAAUCGUCAGCGAUGCUUUCUAUCGUUCUGACGAUAUGCUCGCCGGUUGCUCUCUUUGUCAUAUACACAGCAUGGAGCCUCUUCAGCAAUUAUCUCAUCGCGCGCAAAGUAGGCCUGCCCCUCUUUGUAAUACCAGUCAGCCCCGAGAACCCUCUUUGGCUUCUACUAUGCCACUAUAUCAUUCCUCUGCUCAGUUAUGUUCCUUUUGGAAACGGCAACUUUACUCGAUUCGGCGAGACAGGAUGGGAGUUCAGGGAGAAAGCACGCGUACACAUCGAGUAUGGCGACGCCAUUAUCAUCGCGACUCCUGGCAAAAACUGGAUCUACAUGUGUGAUGCGGAUGUAAUUCGCGAUAUUAUCAGGAGAGAACGGCAAGGAGAUUUCGCUCGACCGGUGGAACUUCUGGCUAUGCUGGAUGUAUUCGGGCCGAAUAUAUCUACCAUGAAUGGUGCAGACUGGCAACGGCAGCGGAAAUGUACGGCGGCAAGUUUCAACGAACAGAGCAAUGUGUUGGUGUGGACCGAAUCUCUUCGACAAGGUCAACAGCUUCUCCAGUAUUGGAAAAACAACACGAGUGUGCCUGGCGUUUCAACGAUGGCAAAAGAUACAAGAACCCUGGCUCUGAAUGUACUUGUUCAUGCUGCCUUCGGCAAGUCCUUCGAUUUCCAAGGUACACACGACAAAAAGAUAACAUCAGGACCCCUGAGCUACCGCGAUGCCCUUGCUCUGAUUCUCGAAAACGCAAUCGCUAUUCUGGCUCUAGGACCGCAAACAUUAGAACGUCUCGCGUUCAUCCCGCCACUCGGCCGUCUCAGCGAAGCUGCAAAGCAAUUCAGAAAGUAUAUGCUCGACAUGUUCGAGGAGUAUACCCACUCCAAUGAUUCCAUGCCAGAAAAUAAACUGCAAGGGAACUUGAUGACCUCUCUGAUCCGAGCGUCCCUAACCGAUAAACUCAUCACCCCAGACGAAGCAAUCGGCAACAUGUUCGUCUUCAACUUCGCAGGUCAUGACACUACCUCCCACAGCCUGGCAUUCACCUUCAUGCUCCUCGCCGCCCAUCCCGAAGUUCAAGAUUGGAUGGCUGAGGAGAUCCGAUACGUUCUAGGCGAAAAGCAGAUCUCAGAAUUAAACUACAGCGAAUUCCCAAGAUUUGUCCGAACGUUAUCUGUCCUACUCGAAACAGUCCGCCUAUACAACCCUCUCCUUAGUAUAGUAAAAGGCACAGAAACCCAACCUAGUCUCCUCACCGUCCGCGGCAAAGUAGUAACAAUACCCCCACAUACUCGCGUCCUUCUCAAUCUCAACGCUCUCCAAACACACCCCCGAUACUGGGGCUCCGACGGCGAAUCCUUCAACCCCUCUCGUUGGAUUCACUCCACACCCUCAGGAACCAGCAACAUCCAUGACCGCGAAUACCUACAGAUGAAUGAGCACGGCGCGUAUAUACCGUGGGGCGAGGGCAAUCGAUCGUGUCCUGGGAAGAAGUUCGCACAGGUCGAGCAUGUUGCUGUUAUGGUUUCGAUGUUUCGGGACCAUGUCAUUGGGGUUAAGAGAUGGGAGGGUGAGAGCGCGGAGAAUGCAAGGGAGAGGGCGAGGGGAGCGCUGAGGGAUUCGGGGAUGAAAUUGCUGUUGCAAAUGUUGAGACCGGAGAAGACACCGUUGGUUUGGGAGAGGAGAGUGUGAUGGGGUGUGGUGUUCAGCUGGGAAGAAGCGGAUGUUUCUGCUGAUAUAAGGUUCCUAUAUGCUAUGGAUAAUAUCAUGUCAAAUUUGGUCAAAGAAAGGAUUCCAGCUUAAUGAGCCUAAAGGCGAUCAAUCCUAUCUUGAUACAGCUUCUCACCGACCCUUCUAAAUACUGAACCUUUGCUAGUACGAACCAGCUUUUCCUGUGGAACCAUGAAAAGGUUAACCUGCUCAGUCAACCUGGCAAGGUCCGAACAAGCCUUAUUAACAUCACCAAGAAUUGGCAUCAACUCUGUCAAUCGUUCCGCGAGAGAGCUGUCACCAUUCGGCUCUCCGGUGUCUUCCAAAAGUUCCUCGUACCUUCUCUUCACCGAGAAAUGUUGCUCAUAUCUAAUCUAAGAUGAUUUAGCUCCCUUGCAAGAGCAUCCUUAAGUUGUGAUUCAUUUGAUCUCCUUCCAAUAAGUGUUUAGUCAAAGCCUGCUACAUUGGUGUUGACUCACGAGAAAUUGGCGAAAAGACACAAAGCCAAACCAGAUGAUAUUAGCGAAAGUACCAGGAUGAUCUUGAUAUUAUUGCUUUCGAGCCAGAUUGGGAUUCAACCCAUGCUGGCCAUUUUUAUGUGGCAGAAUAGCCGUAUAUAUUUUCAUCAAGUUCGAUCGAAAAGACGUUUGGUGAGACUCAGCUGACUAUUACUACGCCGUUUGGAUUUUAUGUGACUGAUUUUGUCUUCAAGUCCACUAGAAUUUAUUGGUUCAUUGAAAAGGGUGGUCGUCAGAUAAAACAGUGACGCCGCAAACCCGAGGUGUACGUAAGCGAACGAGAUCACGUUGAAAAGCUGACUAGCAUCGCGUU